AUGGCGGACGACGCGAUCUCCAUCUACGACGAAAUCGAAAUCGAAGACAUGACCUUCGACCCCAACCUGCAGAUCUACCACUACCCGUGCCCGUGUGGCGACCGGUUCGAGAUCGCGAUCGACGACCUCCGCGACGGCGAGGACAUCGCCGUCUGUCCUAGUUGCAGUCUGAUGAUCCGGGUGAUUUUCGAUGAGGCUGAUCUUGUUAAGGAUGACGAUAAGAACGGGUCCGCUGGCGCGGUUGCUGUUCAGGCUUGA